UGUUUAAAUUUCACGCCGGUCUUGUUUCGACGGGCUUUAUGUCAAGCAGACCUAACUUGACUCUUUGAAUAAUAAUUUUUACUUCGUCUUCAUGCUUCGCAUCUCCCGCUAAUUACCAAUCGUGGCCACCGCUUGUUGCGCUACGGGAUGCGCUACUUGUGACUUGCCCACUCCUCGCUGCCUUAAAUUCAGCCUGGGGUUUGCUCUGCUUCCCGUUCCUUCCUCUGUUCAUCUAUGGAUAGGAUACAUGGCGAGCGCUGAGUUACUCUGGACAGCAAAAGCAAUACUAACCCAACGCGAUCUCCGGGUGUAAACAUGGAGUCCAGCUUCAUACAGGAGCCGAAUCAACAGCGCUCCUUCCGGGAUCGAAUCUUCAAGCUGUUUUGCACCCCUUCCUCAAACGACGCUUCGGCUCCCCCAGCAGGGUUCAUAAUUUCUGAUAACGCAGCUCAAAACGAAGGGUCUACAAUAAUAUAUCCGCCUCGAGAGCCUGAUGCAAGGACUCGUCUUCUUGAAUCGUAUGAUCGCCGGGAGCCCGUCUGCGGUCUGAGGGGCUCCUGCGAUCAUGGCACGUUCUCUCCACGACCUGUACCUGAGGAUAAUCAAAAAUGGGAUUCCAGUUCCUCGGCGGAUGUUGGAAGCGAGGAAAGACCGGACCCUCGGGAAGCAGCAGACAGCCAUGCUCGGCACCCCAGCGACGCCUCUGGGUAUCCCCAAGGACCAGAGAAUAUACCAUCACUAGACUCCUCCCUUACAACGUUGCACAUGAAGAAUCCCAAGUCUCUGUAUAUAUCAUACUACAUCCCGUUUUUCAACUGGAUUACCCAAUACCGCUGGUCAUAUAUUCGAGGGGACUUGAUUUCUGCGAUGACUAUUGCGUCCAUCUAUAUCCCUAUGGCGUUAUCUUUGUCCUCAAAUCUCGCUCACGCUCCUCCUAUCAAUGGCCUUUACUCCUUCGUGAUCAACCCUUUCAUAUAUGCGAUAUUUGGAAGCAGCCCGUUGUUAAUAGUAGGCCCAGAGGCAGCGGGUUCUCUGCUUACUGGAACGAUUGUCAAAGCGAGCGCCAAGCGAGGACAGUCGGGAGAGGAUGAUGAAGUCGCAAAUGCCAUAAUAGUUGGAAUAGCUACUACUAUGGCAGGCACCAUGAUCCUGAUCGCUGGGCUUACUCGAUUGGGAUUCUUGGACAAUGUGCUGAGCCGGCCUUUCCUCAGAGGUUUCAUUACGGCUAUCGGUUUCGUGAUUUUCGUGGAUCAACUCAUCCCGGAAGUUGGAUUAACCGAACUAGCAAAGAAUGCUGGCGUUACCCAUGGGACUACGGUUGAGAAGCUCGUGUUUCUUGUAAGAAACAUCGGAGAUUGCCAUGCUCUUACAACCGCAGUGGCUUUUGGGAGUUUUGCUAUCAUAAUGGUAUUCCGGACCCUCAAGAAAAUGCUCCAGCCACGAUACCCUCAGGUGAUUUAUCUUCCAGAUCGCAUCCUUGUAGUUAUUCUUUCAGCUGUCUUGACGUGGCACCUCGACUGGGACGAAAAAGGGCUGGAGAUUCUGGGGCCCUUGAAGCAAAAUGCUAACGGGCUUUUUGCGUUCAAAUGGCCAUUCCAAUUUAGCCAUAUGAAACAUGUACGCGCUGCAAUGAGUACUUCUUUUGUCAUCGCGUUGCUUGGCUUCUUUGAGUCCUCUGUUGCCGCCAAGGGACUUAGCGGCGAGGCCAGACAAGAAGGCGUUCAGGGGAUGCCUGUCAGCCCCAACAGGGAGAUGGUGGCACUGGGUCUUGCUAAUACUUUAGGGGGUUGCUUUAUGGCCCUCCCUGCAUUUGGUGGUUAUGCAAGAAGCAAAGUCAAUGCUUCGACUGGAGCUCGGUCUCCAAUGAGCAGCAUCUUCCUGAGCAUCAUUACGUUUGUCUGCAUCAUGGUGCUCUUACCAUAUUUAUAUUAUCUUCCGAAAGCUGUUCUUUCGUCCAUGAUUUCUGUCGUUGCUUUCAGUUUAAUUGAAGAAUGCCCUCAUGACAUGGCCUUCUUUAUUCGUUUGCGCGGAUGGACGGAGCUAGUACUAAUGCUUCUCAUCUUCGUUUCGACUAUUUUCUAUUCUUUGGAAUUGGGCAUUGCGCUUGGUAUUGGCCUUUCCAUCCUGAUACUUAUCCGCCACUCCACCCAACCCCGGAUUCAAAUUCUCGGAAAAGUAGCAGGGACAACCGACCGUUUCGAGAAUGCUGAACUUCACCCGGAAAAUGUUGAGUUGGUUGAAGGCGCGCUUAUUGUCAAGAUCCCCGAACCGCUUACUUUUGCCAAUACCGGUGAGCUCAAGAAUCGGCUUCGACGGUUAGAAUUAUAUGGCAGUAGUCGAGCACAUCCUUCUCUUCCUCCAACACGCACCCCUGAACAUAACAAGAACAUCAUAUUCGACGUUCACGGCGUCACCAGUAUCGAUGGCUCUGGUACUCAGGUUUUGUAUGAGAUCGUGGAUGGGUAUGCAGACCAGGGAGUCAGGGUCUUCUUCUGCCGCGUCGCGACACGCAAUGUUUUCCGUAUGUUUGAAAGAAGCGGAAUUGUAGAGCGAUGUGGUGGGAUGUCCCAUUUCGUUCACCGUGUCGACGAAGCCCUCCGCCUUGCCGAAUCGGAAGACCAGACUGAAAUCUGAGCUGUAUUACAACGUGCAUGCCAUGAUUGUAUAGCUGCAUUCUGUUUAUAUGCGACCAUUCACGAUAUAGAUGAUGCUUGACAACAAUUGUAUGCAUAUUAGCCGGCCCGUUGUCAAUUUGCCAAUGUUUAAUACCUCGCCCUUGUAUUGUGGCCCUCUUGCAUGAGAU